AUGCCACAACAAAACACGCAAGCACCGCCAGCGCUGCACCCACCACAUCCGACAGUAUCCGACGCAGCCAUGAUGGAUCCGAUAGACGAGGCCGACUGUCUGCCCGACCACACACACGUACACGCACACGCACACGCACACGAGGUCCUCUCGUUGCCGCUCGCCAGCGACGACACGGAGACGGACGAAGACGUGAUGAUCGGCGGUGGCAGCAGCAGCAGCAAUCACACACAGACGCCGGUGCGGAUCUUCACGCCGCCACCACACAUUGCCGCGCGGUUCUACCGAUCGUCGGCGGCACAGGCGCAGGCCCGCCGCAAGGGCUCGGCCGCGUCGUCACGGCGGAACUCGAUCUCAUCAUCGACACACUCGUCGCACGGCUACAAUCUGGCCAACGGGGGGACGGGCACGCCGCAGAGCAAGCACAUUGCACAGCACCUGCGGCGGGCGUCGAUCCUGGCGGACCGCAAGGCGCGGCUGGCUGACCGAGCAGCUCAUGCAGAACAGGUGCGGCUGCGGGCGGCCAUGGCCAAGGCGGCGGUGCGGGACAUCUCGCUGAGCGAGGAGCGGGCACAGGCGGCGGCGCAGGCACGCGAGAAGAACCUGGCGGAGAUCGCGGCGACGUGCGCGGAAGAGGUCAAGAGGGCCAAGGCAAUUGCCGAGUCGAUCAAGGAGAAGCGCGAGCAAAACCUGCUGCGGCUGCGGCAGCAGAUGCAGGACCGGCUGGACGAGGCGGAGCGGCGUCGCGACGAGCUUCUGCGCAACACGGUCGACCGGUCGCGGUCGCGCGGACAGAGUAUCGUGGCGGCCAACCAGAAGCCGGUCGAGGUGAUGCCCAAGGUGGCCGAGGACAAGGAGUGCUCGUCGCCGGACGAGGAGGCCGCUGCGGCUGAUACCUUGUCGGCAGUGCCUGUCUUGACGGAAGAGGAGGCGGCCUUUCGGAUCCUCAGCUGGUGGCGGACGGCCUACCGGCGAAAGGCGGUGGCAGAGUUCCAGCAGCUAGGGCUAGCGGUGGACGGCGUGCGCGACACCUCGUUUGAGACGGUGGUCGAGCUGCUCGGCCAGGACAAGGUGCUGCAGACGACGGGCAAGGUGUUGCGGCUCUGUGGCUUCCAGGAGGGCAAGACCAGCUCGGUCAAGGAGAUCGUGGCCGUGCGGGCCUUUCUCAGCGCCUUUCUCAUUCUCGGCCACCCAACGCAGGUUCUCAGUAACAAGGAGAGCAAGGACGGCAGUGGAGGCGGCAGCACCACGACAAAGGCGCAAGGGCAGCAGGAACAGGUGGGAGCAGCUCCCGUCCCGCUGCCGUUGUUUUCUGUGCCGAUGGGAAAGGAAGACCUUGCUAAUCCGCAACUGCAGGAGCUAGUCGGCAAGGCGAGAGACCUGCUGAUCUGCUUUGAGACGAUCCUGUCGCGGCUGACGGCAGAGAACAAGUUUACGCCGCCGCUGUCGCUGUCGAGCGAGCUGGUGGAGGCGUACGACACGUUCUACGAUGCGUUCAUCGGGUGGAAGGCGCGCGACGCAUCGGCGCUGGUGGACGUGAUGAUCAAGCAGUUUGUGGAGCUGGAUGCGAUCUGGCAGACGGUCAAGGACAGCACGGAUCCGUCGGUGACGGACACAUACCGGCAGAGCAUCCAGCAGAACCAGCUGCUGCUGAUGGUGCGGAUCAAGAAGCUGGCCGGGCCGGAGGAGGGCAAGAAGAAGGUCUUCCAGGCGGUGCGGCGGGCGCGCAAGGCCAAGAUCGAGGCGAGCAAGAAGGCGGCAGCAGCCAGCAGCGAGAUGCGGCCGCGCGAGGCAGAGCACACGAUCGAGACAGCAAUGGGUGACCUGUCAGGGGCGUCUGGCUCGGGGACGGCCACGUCCAGCAGUCACGGAGACGGACGGACGGCGACAGCCGACGAAGCGCUGCCGUUUGGCAAGUCGUUUGCCGAGGUGCGGGCAGAGACGACAGCCAGCAAGACGCGGUUCACGGUGGACGGACAGCGGUACUCGAGCCACCCGCUGCCGGAGAACCGGGUGGUGGUGCACGAGCUAGCGAUCAACCGCAAGUUCCGGGUGUCGGCGGAGCAAUUCAAGCGACAGCAGGCGCUCUGGAUGGAGCCGGUAUUCUACCGGAUGCGCAAGACGAUGGGGGCAGGCAGCACGGAGGAGCAGGAGGAGCACUUUUACUAUCUGCUGUCGAUUGCGGAGACGAUGCGGACGAAGCUGCAGCGGAUGACGAUUCCGGGCAAGAAGAUGCACCAGUUUAUCGGCGAGCUGCUGGACACGGAGGUGGCACAACGGCAGUUUGCGGUGGGCAGCUUCUCGUACGAGCGGUUUUUCGGAUCGAUGGGCCAGCUGCUGCCGAAGCUGUGCGCACCGUUUCGAGACGAGGAGGUGCGGCAGCUGGUGGAAGGGACACUGCAGCAGGGCGACUACGUGGACCGACUGGAAGCGCUGCACUCAUUUAUCGACGUGAUGUUGACGGACCACGUGAACUUUCUGAUCAGCGUGGCAGCGCCAGAGCUGUUGGUGUCAUCGACCAAGUACGAGAGCACGCGGUUUGCGGAGCUGGUGCAGCGAGAAGGCAGUCUGCAGCUGACGGCAGCGAGAGCGGCGUGGCAGGCAGCCCGGGGCAAGGUUUUGGCAGAAACGGCGAAGCGAGAUCCGGAGGGCAUCAACCACGCCAAGUCGCGACCGACGGCGACGCAGUUCUACAUGCAGAUGCUCGUAGAUGUAUUCACGCAGCUGAGCCCGGUGGAAGCGGAGGCGAUGCCGGAGAUGCUGGGCCUGGAUCACGAACGAGCACUGAAAUGGGGAGCGGUGACGCGGCGGAUUGUGACGGCCGGUGCGGUGUUGCUGCAGUGCAAGAACCUGCUGAAGCGGGAUGUGCGGCUGCCGUGGAAGACGGAGGCGCAGCGGGUGAUGGCGGUGUUGGAGAAGGCGGAGAGGGAUGUUGUGGGGGGCGAAGGGAUGAAUGAAGGGGGUGAGAGGGUGAAUGAGGGGGGGAACGAGAGGAUGAGCACCAACAUCAACACUGACACCGACUGGAGCCAAGGCCAGGGAUCCUACAUCACCGAUGCCGGCUCAGCUACCCGACUGCAGACAGCACUUCAGUCUGCGGCAGUGGUGGACGGCGUGAUGGCGGCGCUGGAGUCGGGACGAUCGAUGCCGGCAGCAACACGGACACAGCUGCGGACAUAUGUGCAGCGGACGUUGGCGGCGAGCGGCGAGGCAGCGGUGCCGAUGUCGGCAGCAGCCGGAGCCGAGAGGACCAACAGCCCGCAGGAGCCGGUGCUGCGACUGCUGCUGCACCGGCUACGCGGCCAUCUGGUGCCACGGCUGACGGCAGCGGCGAUUUCGGCGUCGUCGUCGGCCGAGAAGACGCGGCAGAACAACAACACGGCAGGCGAGCGGCUGACGAGUCUCGGACUGGCCGAGUUUGUCGACCGGGUGCGCGAGAUGAUGGACGAGGUUGGCCGGGUCGGCACGAUCGACCGGGAGACGCACGGGGUGUUUUGGGAAGAGGUGGCCGAGGAGGCAGAGAGGGAAGAUGGAGGUAAAGUCGGCUCUUCAGGAGACUUUCCAACCGGCUCUACUGAGCCGGUUGGCAACUAA